GGUUAAUUGUUUCUGUACAGAUAACAGCGGCUUGAGAACCCGACAACAUGCCAUUCAAACCUCCAGAGCAGGCCAGGUGCCCCAAGUGCGGCAAGUCGGUCUACGCGGCCGAGGAGAAGGUUGCUGCCGGCCAGAAAUGGCACAAGUUCUGCUUCAAGUGCGGUUUGUGCAACAAGCUUCUAGAGAGCACCAACGUGGCGGAGCCCGAGGGUGAGCUGUUCUGCAAGGUGUGCCACGGCCGUAAGUACGGUCCCAAGGGCUACGGCUUCGGCGGCGGUGCCGGCGCUCUGGGGAUGGACAAGGGAGAGCGAUUUGGCAACGUGGAGUGCGAAAUGGACACCAAACCCAGGGAGCAGGUGGUUGGUGCGGGCGCCAGCAGCAGCACGGGCCCCAAGUGUCCUCGCUGCGGCAAGACUGUGUACGACGCCGAGCGCGCCAUCGGCAGCACUGUGCCAUGGCACAAGAGCUGCUUCAACUGCAAAAACUGCCACAAGUCCCUGGACUCCACCACCAUGGCCGCACACGAGAAUGAGGUGUACUGCAAAACUUGCUAUGGCAAAAACUUCGGCCCAAAAGGAUUCGGUUUCGGCCAGGGGGCUGGGACCCUGAGCAUGGGCUGAGCCAAGUCAUGUCGUCAGAUGUCGUGAGAUGUCAGACAUGGUCUU